AAUGUUGACAUCAGCCUGCUCAUGUCUCCAUUUGUCCACUGCUAAGUGGAUAUUUGUAGACUUUACUGAGUAGCAGUAUCCACUGGUGUGGUCUUGGAUGUCACAUGGUCAGUGGGCUAGAUUGUGCAAUCGAGGAAAAGGAAAAGUGUGAAACACAAACCUGUUUUCCUUACAUUGGACAACAUGAAGCUGCCUGUGCUGCUGCGGUUUGUGCUGUUGCUCUCUGUGUUGGGCCUGUUCCAAGAAUAUGAGACUGCAACUCAGGUUGCAGACGGCGAUGCGACGAUGAUGUUUGAAGAAGAACAACAAAAAGCUCUGAUUGAACCCAGAGAGCCUGCCUGUGAGAAGUAUGAUGGCUCCUGCACCAAGGAGUUUGAUCCAGUAUGUGGCAAUGAUGGGGAGACCUACAGCACAGAGUGUGUUCUCUGCCAACAAAACAGAAAAGAGAAGAAGAAUGUGAAAAUCGCCUCCAAAGGGCUGUGCCAUUCUUAACUGACACAGAGAUGCAAAGAUAGAACUCUAGAGCUAGAGAUCUCAACAGAGAGAGAGAGAGAUAAAUGUAUGGCUGUGUAGGUGACAGGUUAUGUUCAUUCCCUGUAUCUUUCCCUUUCAGUAAAGUCUCUAACUGCAA